CGUGGCGGCGCAGGUGCCCGCCGGGCUCGCGGGAGGCGCAUGGUGCGCGGGGAGGCUGGCGGCCUCCCGGGGGUCUCUGAGGGCCGCGCUCUCGGAGCCUCAGCCUGACGUCCCGAGGCGUCUCGGCGACGGCGCCCCUCACCGCAGAUGGCGUCGAUGCUCCCGACCUCGGAAGCCCAGGGGCCAAUGCUAUUUGAAGAUCUGGCCGUGCAUUUUUCUCAAGAGGAAUGUGUGAGUCCACAUGCUGCUCCAGGGCCCCGGAGCAGAAAGGCCACCAAGGAAUGUUUGGACGAUGGGACUCGCAUUGGAGUGGAAGGCAAGACUGACACUAACCCGCAGUUAAGCCUAGAGUCUAUGGAAUUUGAAGAGCAUUCCCUAGAGCACUCCAUUGCUUCACCCCUUGUUGAUUAUCCAGAAUCUUCUGAAGAUGAGGUUACAUUCCCUGAAUGGAAAAUAUCAAGUGGAACUUCCACUUGCAAAAAACGAUUCAUAAACCUUUUAAUUACCAUUGACAACCAUACCCCAUUAGUAGAACUCUCUCAGUAUUUAGGAACCAGAACACUUUCAGAAAUUACUGAGCCUCCCGGGGAAGAACCCCCUGACAAUGUUUACCAGAGUGCUGAAUGUGACCAAACCUUCUGUGAUAAUUCAUACCUUGGUUUACGUCAGAAAACUCAUUCAAGAGAGAACCAGUAUACAUGUGAUGACUGUGGGAAGAUCUUCAAUCAUAGAGCCAACUUGAGGACGCACAGGAGAGUCCACACUGGUGAGAAGCCAUAUAAGUGUGUCAAGUGUGCUGCCAGGUUCCGCCAGCACUCCCAUCUGUCCCGGCACAUGAAGAGCCACACAAAGCAGAAACCCUACCCGUGUGCCGUAUGUGGGAGAGGCUUUAAGUGGCUCUCAGACUUGACCCAGCAUCAGAAAAGCCACACUGCUGAAAAAACAGAUAAGCAUGCUAACCACGAUAAAAAUUCUGCUAAGAAACAUGUGGCUUUGCAUAAAAAAACCAGAACACCAACUUCAACUUACCAAAAUACUGCCUGUGCUAACCAUGAUAAACACUCUGGAAAGACAUUAAAUCUGGCUUUGCAUAAAAAAGCCAGCACACUGACCUCUCUCUACCAGAACACUCUUUUUGGUAACCAUGAUAAAUAUUCUGGUGGGAAAACAAAUGUGGCUUUGAAUGAAAAAACCAGCACAGCACCCUCUCCUUACCGGUAUGAUCCCUGUGAGAACUAUGAUACAUAUUCUGGUGGGAAAACAAAUGUGGUUUUGCAUAAAAAGCCCAGCAUACCACCUUCUCCUUACCAGCAUGUUCCCUAUGCUCAUGAUGAGAGAUAUUGUGUGGGGAAAACAAAUGUGGCUCUGAAUGAAGAUUCCAGCACACAGACCUAUCCUUACCAGGAUGCUCCCUAUGCUCAUGAUGAGAAAUAUUCUACUGGAAAAAUAAAUGUGGCUCUGAAUGAAGACUGCAGCACACAGACCUUUCCUUACCAAGAUGCUCCCUAUGCUCAUGAUGAGAAAUAUUCUACUGGGAAAAUAAAUGUGUCUCUGAGUGAAGACUGCAGCACACAGACCUCUUAUGCUCCCUAUGCUCAUGAUGACAAGUAUUCAAUUGGGAAGAUGAAUGUGGAUCUCAAUGGAGAUUCCAGCACACAGGCCUCGCCUUACCAGAAUGCUCUGAGCGUGAAGAGCUCUGGGACAUCCUCGAGUCGCCCCCUCCUGGAGCAGGGCUUCAAGGAGGAACCCGAUCAGAGCAGCACUGAUGACGAAAACUAUUACAUCUUCUCCCAGUUCAAACCAUUACAGUGUCUUGACUGUGACAAGACCUUCCCUUGUUUCUCUAAGCUUAUUUCUCACCAAAGCAUUCACACUGGGGAAAAGCCCCAUAAGUGUAAAGUAUGUGCAAAAAGUUUUGCUUUGGAGUCAGAACUCACAUGCCACCAGAAGAGCCACACAGAAGAGAAACCUUAUAAAUGUACGGAGUGUGGCAAGAGUUUUAAAGUGUAUAUGCGUCUCAUUAUUCAUAGGCAAACCCACAAGAAAAGCACCAUAUAAUUAGAACAAGUUUUUGCUAAUGCCUAGGGGAUCUCUGUGGUGAGAAAGUUACUGUUCAUGUGCCAGGCGCCAUGUUCCAGCCCUAUACAUACAUUCCACUAUAUAUUUAAUUCUUACCACAACCUUAACUUAGGCAGUAUUUUUCCUUAUUCCUAAUUAAGGAAUGCCACUAGCACACACUUACCACUGGAGCCACAAUUUGAACUCAGUUAUCAAAUUCCAUUUAUAUGAGCCAGAGAAAUAUAGAACUUUAAAUUUUAAAAAAAAUCCAGUUUUCAGUAAAAUGAAGGUUAUUGCUAGAGUUCUUUUAGUUUUUUAUGUCGUUUAAACAAUGUUCUAGAGGGAAAACUUAUUUUUUUGCCAGUUUUGCACAUGUGUCUAGGAAAGUGAGUGUUUUUUGUGUCUUUUAUACAUUUCAUAUGACUAUCUGAGUGUAAUAUUUGUAAGAGAUCAUUGUUUUACAAGAGAAUUUCUAUAAGAGUUUAGGACCACAUUUUAAUUUUUUUUUUCAGACAGGGUCUUGUUAUAUAGCCUAGGCUGGCCUUGCAAUCAAGAUCCUCUAGCCUUUCUUCCUGAGAGCUGGAAUUAUAGGCAUGCACUACCAUGGCUGGCUACUUGAUAUCUUGUAAUAGACAGUCUAUGGAGUUUCCAUUCUUAAAUCUGAUGGCAGAAGCAGGUACUGCCAUCUGUGACUUAAGUGCUUCACAGGAGUUUUAGUAAUAUAAUUACAGCCCUUUUCAGGAGGUUGGAUGGACUUGGUUUGUGGAAAAUACCUGCUCUUCUCUAGAAGGAUCUGUCUCCAGAUCACUACUAAAACAAAUAACCUGAUUUGUUAUAAAUAAUCCUAACUUUGUGUGUGUGCAUGUACAUGAGUAUGUGUGUGUGCUGUAUGUGUGCGCUGC